UUCUUUAUAUAUUUGUUCCUUUGUUAAAAUUUGUUGUUUUGCAAAUUUUUAUCAAGGUUAACUAUCUAUACGAAUUGCAAACAACACUAAACAACAGCUGAUUGACGUCAAACUAUAACGUUUACAAACACUGUACAUAGGCAGUGUUGUAUUUUGGGCAGUAGAUUUUUCCACUCGCGGAUUUAUAGGUGCGCAGCCAACGUUUGGGAUAGUAUUCCAAGCGCUUUACCACAAAAUGUCUUUGGAUUAGCAUGCAUGCAAAACGUUAAAGUCAUCUGUUACACUUGGUGAAAAUUAGCGGAGGCGAGCGAGCGAGCGAGCAGCAGCAAUAUACAUAUAAUAAGCGUAUAACAAAAUAUACGAAAAGCAACAACAACAACAACAUCUAUCAGCAAAUACAAUAAUAUGAAUUCAAAAGCUGACGUCAACCGCCGUGUUUUGGCUAUUCAAGCGAAGAAGAAGCGACAUAGGAACAACAAGAAACGAGGCAAGCAAAAUGGAGCAAAUGGUGCUCCCGUUCAAGAAAACCAACAACAACAACAACAGCAACAAGAACAACCGCAGCAUCAGCCGCAACAACAACAGGAAGAGCCCGAAACUCAAGCACCAGAAAAUGCUAAUAAUAGCCACAUAGAGGGCGCCAGCAAGUUUGAACUGCAUGUUGACAGCGCUGGCGGCGCUAUUGACUCAAAGUCUUCGGCAUCCUUUAGCAAUGCCACAGCAUCCACAUCAAGCGGUGGUUCGGGCAAUACGCCCGAUGCCCAAUCAAAGUCGAAAUCGCAAAACAAUAUGCAACAGCAGUCGCAGCAGCAGCAGCAGCAAGCGCGCAGCUCAUCCAACGAAUCAGACGAAUCGGAAAUGGUCAGCGAAAAUGAGGAACAAGAACUUAAGGAGGAUUAUUGCAAGGGAGGCUACCAUCCAGUCAAUAUUGGUGAUUUGUUUCAGGGUCGCUAUCAUGUCAUUCGCAAAUUGGGCUGGGGUCACUUUUCGACUGUUUGGCUCUGCUGGGACUUGCAGGAGAAACGCUAUGUGGCCAUUAAGAUUGUGAAAUCGGCGCAGCACUUCGCUGAAACGGCCAAGGAUGAAAUCAAAAUACUCAGAACGGUGCGUGAGACGGAUCCAUUGAAUCCGCGUCGCCACAAGACGGUGCAAAUGUUCGAUGACUUUAAGAUCACGGGCGUGAAUGGUACCCACAUUUGUAUGGUCUUCGAGGUGCUGGGCGAUAAUCUAUUGAAGCUUAUACGCAAAUCCAAUUAUCGUGGCAUUCCGCUGGAGAAUGUCAAGAGCAUAACACGUCAGAUCCUGGAGGGUCUGGACUAUUUGCAUAGUUGCUGUAAGAUCAUACACACGGACAUUAAGCCAGAGAAUGUCUUGUUGUGUGUGGAUGAACCGCAUGUUCGUUCGCUGGCCGUUGAGGCGACACAAUUGUACUGCAUGAACUCUAAGAUGUAUCCAUCGUUGGUUAGUCGUGCGCCCAAGGAGUAUCGCGAACCGCCCAUCACUGGCAAGAUGAGCAAGAACAAGAAGAAGAAGCUCAAGAAGAAGGCCAAGAAACGUAUGGAACUGUUCAAGAAACAGCGCGAUUAUUUAGAACAAGCUGGCGGCGACGAUCAAACGGAACAACAGGAGCCGCAGGAACAGCUGGAGCAGCAACUGCCACCAACUCAUGCUUUAAAUGGCGAUGGAGGCGCCUCUGAAAACGAGCAUGAUGUGGAUGGUGACGAUACAGGUGGCGGAUGUGAGGACGUCGAGCCGGAGGUACAGCUAAAUAAGCAAGAGCUGGAUGGCACUGAGAAGGCCAAAAAGAAGAGAAAACGGAAGAACAAGAAUAAGUUCAAUCAGCAGCAAUCUCAGAUGCCGGAACAGCAACAGCCACAGGAGAACUCCACCAGCAGCGGCGACAGCAGCAGCGUCGCUUUGAAGAGCUCCAAUACGAAUGGCAGUAACAGCAGCCAUUCAACAAGCACGCUUAAAGGACAAUCAAACGGUGCCGCAGGCGGCAAUAAGAAGACAUCGCGGCCCAAGCAGGAGCAGCCGCAGCAGCAGCGUCAACAGAUAAAUAAUAAUAAUGCGAAUAUGAAGCAAAACUCGAAUAGCAAUUCGAAAAUCUCAAAUAUCUCCAUUGAGGGCUCCUCGUCCACCAAUGGUGGUCCAUAUUCGGAGCCAUUGUUGCCGCCACCACCGCCGCCUCCAUUGGCUAAGCAAAGAGUAAAGCGCGAUCCUGCGCUUGAGGCGUGCAAUGUGCAGGUGAAGAUUGCUGAUUUAGGCAAUGCCUGCUGGGUGGAUCGACACUUUACCGAGGACAUACAGACGCGACAAUAUCGCUCAUUAGAAGUUAUACUUGGCGCUGGCUAUGACACCUCGGCGGAUAUAUGGAGUACCGCCUGCAUGGUGUUUGAGCUGGCAACUGGCGACUAUCUGUUUGAGCCACAUUCGGGCGAUACAUAUACGCGCGAUGAGGAUCAUAUUGCCCAUAUAAUCGAGCUGCUUGGGCCGAUACCACGACAAAUUGUGUUCCGAGGCACGUAUCCGACGUAUACGUUUAAUCGCAAUGGUGAACUGCGGAACAUAACUGGAUUGAAGCCGUGGGGCCUCAUGGAUGUGCUGGUGGAGAAAUAUGAAUGGUCGAAACAUGAAGCGGAAGCGUUUACGGCAUUUUUAAAACCGAUGCUGGAAUUUGAUCCGGCCAAGCGUGCCACCGCUGCAGAGUGUCUGCAGCACGAGUGGCUUAGAUAAGAUACGAUGCAGCCUGGUUGUUGGCUGCAAGCCAGCCAGCCAGCAGGAGCAGCAGUAGCAGUAGCAAUAGAAGCAACAGCAAAAGCAGCAGCAGCAGCAGGAGCAGUAGAAGCAGCAGCAGCAGCAGACGACGACGUUGCUUUGUCCGAUUAUGUGCAGUCAACAGCAUCUGUGGCCACAUUGGCCUCCAUCUCAUCCAUUGCUUCCACCUCGGCAUCGGCAAUGGCAGCGCUUGCACAUGCACGCCUCUAUUCGGCCACCACCUCUGCACCACCCACACCACAGUCACAUGCGAGCCACCAUGCCAUGGCCACUGUGCGUACGGCGCCCGCAACGCCAACGCGUCAACGUUUUGGAUUUGGUGAGCUUUCGUUGAAGCACAUCGAUGUGGAUGGUGUGCAGGAUGUUGGAUUAACCGUUGCCAUGGGUGAGCAGUUGCCACCGGUGCCGCCGCCGCCGCCACCGCCGAUGUCAGCGCAAUACAGCAAACCCAAAUCUCAGCGCUUAUUUUGGCGCAAGGCGUUGCGCCGCGUCUUCCAGCGUCGCAAGUGACGUCAAUUGCGGCGUCGACGUCAAGAUAUGCCCCGUUGGCGUCCACGUCGCUGUCGGCGACAUCGUACGCUGGCCGAGCGUGUGCGUCGCAUAUGCGCUUGCUGUGCCUACGGCCAGGUGUUCAUUCGCAAUGCACGGCUAGCGCUGCUCAGUUGCAUUCGUUGGCGCACACGUGGCAACAUACGCAACAACAAAUUUUACUUUACCAAUCAUUAAGCAACAUUAAGAAGACGGAGACGAAGACGAAAAGAAAGAUGAAGAAGAA